AAGGCGCACAAAAUGUCCAACUUGCUGUAUUGGCGGUUAUCUCGACCCCUCUACACCUACUUAUCCGUUAGAUUUGUUUGUUAUCGUCCAUUGGCUCCAAUGAUCCGAUACUUUCAUGAAGAUAAGACUGAGGAGUUCAAAAAACGCCUGCGACAACGAAUGAAAAAGAAUGUUGAACUAAAAGACGAUGCUGCUAAGGCCAAGCAAAAAGCAACCACCCAUACUACCAUAGCAGAGUCCGCCAGCUUAUCGAAAGUGAACGAAACUAAGCCAUCGACCAGUAUUAAUAUAAAUGAGAACAGUCCAAACCUAUAUGGCGUUGAGUGCCCUAUUCAACCGAAUGUCGACUCUGACUGUUCAGCAGUUUCCAGCUCUUCGAUUUCAAAUCCAUCUCAAGAUAAGGAUAUCGAGUCGAGUGUGGAGACAUUUGAAAUCAGGGCGAAAGCAUUUGUUGAAUCAGCCAAACAUAAGGAAAAGGAAUCUGAACGCCCAACAGAUGAACAGCCUUCGAAAAAUAGUCCAAAAAAGAAGCCAAAGUUUUCUCCAAGUACUUCAACACCAAUUGAUUUGAAAAGUGCCGACUCACCCAAAAAGGAUUCGCAUGAUCCUAUGAAGGAAAAAAGUAAAAGUUUUCCCCUAUUUAGACCUGAAACAGAAAACGAAUCAUCUGGUUUAAAAAUAUCAGCAAAAGCUGAGAAAACAUUGGAGUCUCAAAAAGAUUUCAAAAGCUAUGGGUUGAACGAAUCAAUUAAAAUUGAACCUUUCAACUCAAGUCAAAGUGUUUCGCAUGAAUCAGUGGAGCAAAAGGGUGAAAGCUCUAACCUAUUUAACCUAUCUAGAACUCAAGUAAAUAAAGAAACGGACAUAACAUCAACAAAAGCUGAGAAAACUUUAGAAUCUUUAAAGGACUUUAGGAGCGAAGGCGGAAAAGAUUCAUUUAAAAUGAAAUCUCAAGUCCCAUGGGAGGGAAUGUUCGAUCACCAUACUGAUCGCUAUAUUUCUAAGACCAAGCUGCGAAAAGAAAGCAAUGAAAAGACUGUAGGUUCCAAAGGUGAGAGAUCCAAGCAUAUGUCUAUGGAUGGGCCAAAGGGGCAAAGCAUGAUUGAAGAAAAUAGAAUUGAACAAUUAUCUCAAGCAGAAGCGGAAGCGGAAGCGGAAGCGAAAGCCGAAGCGGAAGUCGAAGCGGAAGCCGAAACGGACGAAGAGAUGAAAGUAGAACCGAAAGCAGAAGCGAAAGCGAAAGCAGAAGCGGAAGCGAAACUGAAAGCUAAGGAGGAAGCAAAAGCUAAAGCGGAAGCGAAAGCUAUAGCGGAUGCCGAAGCAAGAGCUAAAGCGAAAGCUAAAGCGGAAGCGAAAGCUAUAGCGGAUGCAGAAGCAAGAGCUAAAGCGAAAGCUAAAGCGGAAGCGGAAGCUAAAGCGGAAGAGAAAGCUAAAGCGGAAGCGGAAGCUAAAGCUAAGGCGGAAGCGAAAGCUAGAGCAGAAGCGAAGGCUAGAGCGGAAGCGGAAGCAGAAGCUAAGGCUAAGGCGGAAGCAAAAGCGAAAGCAGAAGCUAAAGCGAAAGCGGAAGCUAAAGCUAAAGCGGACGCGAAAGCGAAACUGGAAGCAGAAUUGGUUGCCGCAGCAAAAGCAGAAGCCGAAGCAAGAGCAGAAGAAAAAGCUAAAGCGGAAGCGAUUGAGAAACUGAAAGCAGAAUCGGCGGCCGCAGCAAAAGCAGUUGCCGAAGCUAAAGCGGCUGUCAAAGCAAAAUUCAAAUUAGAAGCAAAAGCAGAUCGUGCUCAAAAAGAAAUUGAGUCUCAAGCUAGAGUGAAGGUGUUAAAUGAAACAAAAGCCAUACAAGGACAGAGUAAAAGCAAGUCUGAAGAAACUCAACAAGAAACGGGAAAUGCUCUGAGUUCUAAUAGCAAAAUUUUCAAUGUAAAGAAUACCACAAUCCAAAAGGAAACUAAACAAACACAACAAACAUCAACGGACACAAGUUUGGAUACCCAAGGCAAAACUGAAUCGACACAAUCUCAAACAAUUUUGGAUGCUGAAGGCAAUAAAAUAUUAGUAAAAGGCGCAGUAAACGAGCUGUUUAGAGGUGAGGCUGAAUCCUCAAAGAAUGUGCAGAAGCGAUCCACUUUUAAGGCGAGCAAAUGGAAUGCCAAACACCUUUUUAAAGAAAAAAAAUCGAAGAAUGAGAUGAAAUCUCCUAAAGUGGACAAAAGCUUUAAGCCUAUUUUCAAGCCUACUCAAAACAGGCUAGCGACGAAAUCAAUCAUAUUAAUCAAAUCUGUACUGGAUAAUUCCAAGAGCUCUAUUAAAAAUAAGGAAGGGUUAUCUAAAGCAAAAGUCUCUCAGGGCACAGCAAGUAACGAUGGCGUAUCGACCAAAUCUGAGAACGAAACUAAAUCUACUAAAGCUGAAAAGCCCCUCCUUAAGAAAAAAGCUUCUCAAGGCCAGCUGGGGAUAAAGUCAAGUACAUCGAUCAAAUCUAUAUGGAAUACAAAGGAUAAUGCACAGAGUUCACUUAAGGAUAAGCAAGCAUCAAGCUACGAUGGCGUACCAGCAAAAUCUGAGAAUGAAACUAAAACUAUUAAAGUUGAACAAAAUCUUAAGAAAGAGCUUGGUCAAGGUCCACUGAGCACGAUCUACAAGAGCAGCAUAAAAGCUAAAGAAGGGUUCACCAAAGAAGGAUCUCCUCAGAGUGCGUCAAGCAAAAAGAGCGCAACAACUAAAUCUGGUACCAGUGCUAACAUUGAAAAAUGGCUAUCAAGAGCUAAGCAACUAAAGGAUACCCAGGCAAGACGCUUUUGGAAGAAAAACAGUACAGUAGAUUUAUUUCGAGAAGCCUUCAAGCCAAAAGAUCCAUCUAUUCAACCUAACAAAGAAACGAAGACCGACAGCCCAAACAGUCACAAGAACCCUACAUCAUCUUCAUCGACAGUUAUCAAGGAUUCGUUUGAGUCGGUCGACCCCGACUCAUCUAAUUUAGAUAAUAAAAUCUCGGAUGAUACAAUCAAGGCUAAGCCAAUUGAUUUAGUUGCAUCAGGCAGUUCAGUUGUAAAUAGUGGACAAACUCAAUCAAAACACGUUUUUAGUCCAGAUAGUAUCAACGUAGAUUUUAAUGAAGGUGGGCUAAACUUAAAUCAGGCCGCUUCAUGUCAUCCAAAACCUGAAGCUAUAUAUUACGGAUUCAAAUCCCCUGAGGACAACAAAUCUUCUGAAAAAAUUGACAAUAAGAAAAACAACACCGUCGAAUCGCUUCUUCUAAGCAACGCCAAGAGCCCAUAUAAGCCAAAGCCAAAGACAUAUAAACCUCGUCCGAUCACAAUUGGGGACAUCAUCGCAAAACUUAGGCAAAGAACUAAAAGCGAAAAGAUUAAGGCAAAGAACAUUCAAAGUCUAACUGAAAGUGGCAAGUUUAGAGAAGAGUCCAAGCCUGGUAAAGGGAACCUUACCAAGUCAUCUCUAACUGGAACGCCAACCGACGAAUUCUCUAAAAAGCCAGUAAGUGAUAAUACGUGCGAUCAAUUAUUCUCCAAUUCGAUAACAAGUAAUACAAUUGCUAGUAAAAGAGCAAAUGAAACCCCUUUUGAAUCUAGUGAUAUUGAUCAGAGCUAUUUGUGGCCACCGUCGCAAUCGGUGGGAAAUUCGGAUAUAGGAAACACUAUAACAUCUUACCCAAAAACGCAGUGCGUUGCUUCUGACGAGAUCCAGAUUCACAGGAGUUCCACUAAUGCAGAUGUAACUAGUUUAGGAAAAUUUGUAAAUGUUGACCAAAAUGAUAUAUUAGACACAAGUAAAAUUGUAAAUAAGGAACCGACAAAGAUAACCAAUAUGUCAACGGAUGACUUCUCGCCAGAUAAGCUAUAUAAUUCUAAAACAGAAGGUGAAUAUCGUACCGCAGAUAUGUUUAGCGUUCAGGUGGAAGAGGAAUCAUUAAAUUUAAUGCCCGUCGACAAAACAAAGCUCGGUCCCAAAGUAAAAUCAGUGAAAAAGCUAGUAGAUGACAAAAAAGUACAAAAUGAGUCCGUACAAUCGAAACCAAAGCAAAAUUCAAAAGAUAAAGAUGAUGUUGCAGGUAUGUUAAAUAAUCGAGGAGAGAAGGGAUUGGAAAUGGAAAAGUCCAGAUCAGACAAGGAAACAGAAAGUCAAGUAGAGGAGAAAAUGGAAUUGUUUGAACAUGUGAAAGAUGAGAAAAAACAGAUAGAGCUGACUAGUCAACCAAAACGUAAACUGACGCUCACAGAAUAUCUAUUUCAGUUCCUUAAAGGUCAACGAAAUAGCAAAAACGAUCCUGGUCGUAGGAAUAUCACAACUUCGGCUGCUCAAUGCCAGGACACAGAUGCGGACGAUUAUCGUUUAAGUAAGCGUAUAAUGAAGAAAUAUAAUGUUAAGCCCAAAAAAUCAAUUAAAACAGAGACUUUCAUUUCGCCGGAUGUGAAGAAGCGUGGCAUGGGCUCCAACAUAAUCCGUAGGCAACGCAAAAGUACGGAAACCAAUCCAACAAAGCUUCCUCAUGAUAAUCGGCCCAACAUCGAACAGCCGACGAUACCAAAGGCCACCAGUAUUACUUCCGAUACUGAUUGGAAUGUGGCCCCAAACCCGAGACCCGAUGAAGUCUUAUUGGGCUCUAAAAAGUCUGAAAUAAAUAAAAACUUAGAUGAUCGCAGUGUUGAUACGACAAACAUGCCUGAUGGCUCUCCGCUCAAAUUCGAUGAUAAAAGUCCAAUUGAUAAAGAAGAUACAAAGAAGGAAACUAACAAUAUUGAAAUUAAAGGUGGAUCCAGAUACUGCUUAAUGAAAUUGAAAGCUGUUAAGGGCAUUGGAAUAGACAACGAAAGUGGCAAGCGAAGAUUCAGUGCCUUGGGUCGACAGCUGAGCCAGAACAUUGUUUUUGCUUUUUUCAGAACCGACAAAAAUGCUAAGGACCGGUCUUAAAUAAUACCUUGCAACAACUAAUGAAAAAAGUCAUUAAACAUACAAAAGAAACACAAAGACGAAGUCAAGCCUCUAAGCAAUAUAUAAU